GAAAGGUAUUACAUAAAUUAAAGAGCAAUGUGUAUGCUUGGAAACCAAUAGAAUAUAAUAAUAUUAAAAGUUUAAUAUAUAUGGCUACUCGUAGUAUACCUGAGUAUUUUGUGUUAACUACAAUUUUUAAUGAAAUAAAGGCUAGAGAUGCUUUUUUUAAUCCACAAACAAUGUUUGAUUUUGGAUCUGGAGUUGGAUCUACUUUGUGGGUUGCAAUGCAAACUUGGACAAAUAUUAAUGAAUACAUGGGUAUAGAUAUUUCCAAUGAAAUGAAUGAGCUUUCUAAAAGAAUUAUAAAAAAAUCACCUUUAAAAAUAAAAGAUGUUUUUCAUCGCCAAUAUCUUCCUGUGUCUAAUUUAAAAUAUGAUCUUAUUGUAAGUGCAUAUUCUUUUAUGGAAUUACCAAAUACAAGGCAACGUUUAGAAGUGAUAACAAAGUUAUGGAAAAAAACUAGAAAAUAUUUAGUUAUUGUUGAACAGGGCACAAAUAAUGGUUUCAAGGUUAUAAACGAAGCUCGGGAAUUUAUUAAUCAAAUAAAUAAAAAUAUUCAGGAAAAAUACUUCAUUUUUGCACCUUGUCCACAUUCAAAUAAAUGUCCAAGGUAUAUUGAAAAUCGAACUCCAUGUAAUUUUUUAAAUCAAUAUUUACCACUGCAAUUUUCAGGCUUUUCUAAACAUAAAUUAGAAUUUUUUUCAUACAUAGUAUUUAAGAAAGAUUUAAUAUUAAUAUAUCUAAAAAUUUUAGGUGAAGCUACAGAGAAUGAUAGUUGGUAUCGAGUAGUAAGAAAUAGUAUUAUUCAUAAGAAUCAUGUUCAAUGCAAUUUAUGUACAUCAAAUGGACAACUAAAACAAAUAGUUUUUAAAAAGAAAUAUGAAAAAUCUUUAUAUAAGUAUGCUAAAAGAACUGGUUGGGGUGAUCGAUUACCAAUAGAACCAAACUUCACAUCAAACUUAUGUUCUGAAAACAAAUAAUAAAUUAAAUUCUGAAGUUUUAUAAAUA